UGAGGCGUUUCGUUAGAAAACGGAAAAAGUGAAAGCCAAAUUACUUCCUUCUUAGAAACCCUUGGUCAGCAAAAACAAGAAUGCAAUGAACAUACGGUUGUAAAAGAGGGGUCAGUGGUCGAGAUAAAUGCGUCUAUAAUCGGCCAGUCAUUUUGAAAUUUGAGUAAACCAGACAAAUGCUACUGUGGAAUAAGGAAAAUACAUGGGGGAUUCCACUGACCCUAUCAUUUUCCUCUUCCGAAUCAAAGGAGGCUACACUUCUUUGUUUGUGUAGUCAUGAAAAGGGAAAAAUGCCAAGGAAGCAAAAAUGCUUCUGUUGACAGGAUCGUGGACAGGAGCAACACAAAACAACAACAAAAUAUUACUUUAGAAGUGAUCCUAAAAAACAGAGUGAUAAUAAAUCAACUCAUAUUUUCAGCUGGUGUUAAGUGCUCCUUCUUUAAAUCAAAUCCUAACUUUGGAAAACUAUCUAUUUUAGCUACUCUCUGAGAUGGUGCAAACUACCAAAUUUAGAAUCAAAAUUUGAUAUUUGACUUAAGGAUGCAAGCACAAACUUUCCAUCAAAUAUAAACACUAAAUGUACCUAUUAUGAAUAUUUGUCUUUCUUAUAGAAUAGCACAAAUACUAUUCAGCUCCAAGUUAAGAGGGCAAGUUGCUACAAAGGUUCAAGGUGUGAAACGAUUUUGAUUUGAGGGGCAAUUGCUUAAUUGGGAAAUAAUGCACCUAAUUCUACCAAAAGGAAAAGGAUUUAUAGAGGGAGUCUCAGAUACAUAAUAAAAGGUUUCCUCUAAAGAUGUAUCAGGUUCAAAAAAAGACCUGCCCCUUGCUUUGAAUACGGCUCAUAACAUGCAUGGAAAGAGGAAAGGAAGGCUCAUCAAACUUGAUUUUCAAAUAAUAAAGAGGGGUUGAUGAAAGGAAAGUAUACAGGAAGUUUUUACUAUGCCCCAGAACGCUUUCUGUAAUGCUUUUUUUAGGUACUUUGUUUUCUCAUAAAUAGCCCUCGUGGCUUUGCCAAAAUAAUGAUUUUCCUAAGGGUACACAAUUUGAAAUAAUUUGUGUCGACUUUAGGCACAGAGCAGGGUAGUGAAACUCAAGGCUUGACGCUAUCAGUAUUCCCCUGAAACACAUUCAGCUUUCAUUUCCUCUAUUUCAUUUCAUUAUUUCUACUUAUAACUAGCCCAGUUUGUUUAUCUUGUUGAAAGCAUUGCAAUAAUGCAGACUUUAAUAUUAAAUUUUCUGUUUAUGUAUGGCCAAAUUGGGUAGUUAUGGCCAUACAUAAACAUAUGCUUGAAUUGGGUUUUGUUCAAUACAUAUAAAUGUUUCUAAUUUGGCCAUGACUAAUACAAUGAAGUUUUGCCAAUUAAUCAAAAUGAGAAACUACAACCACCCACACAUACAUUAUUUAUUUGUCUUGGCAGCAGUAUCACAAGUUUUAAUGAUGGCUGCCAACAUGGUGCAAUACCAGUGAAUGAGUCAUAGCAUAAAAGGAUUUUUAAUUCUUUGAAAUGUCUUUGUGUCACUACACAGUUCUUGACAUCAUAGCUAACAUCAAAGGGAAAAACUCAAUAAUUUAGGUUACUGAUCAAGAAAAAUACAGAUCCUAGACUUGGGAAAGAGUUGGAGUUAAGGAAAACUACUCCAGAUGUUUAAGAUUUAUAGGUGAGUGGCGAAAUUACGACUGACCUCAAUGCUGUUGCCAAUAAAUACAACGCCACAAUAAAAGGAAUGGAAAAUACAGAAUCUGUUGAAGAUAUUCUAAUUGGCUCAAAGCAAAUGAUAGACGAUUUGAGCGUUAGCACUGUCUAUAUGGUUAUUCCGGAUUCACAUAUGAACUACUGCAAGACAGUUUCGUCUUUUAUUUUCAACACGUUUACAUACCAAGUUGGCUUUGAAGCCAUGAACGUUGGGUUACCGACAGAAAGUAAUGAUAAAAACGAGGAAUCAGUGUUGAAGAGCAUCAGAGAAAAGCUAAAACUCCUACCCUCUAGCGAUGGCCUGCCCUUGAAGACGCUGAAAACCAUGUUAAUACCAAACGAUAGAUUCUACCAUGGUUAUACAACCAGGACUGGCGGGGUUAGCACACACCCAACAAUGCGGUCUCUUCCAUUAGCAAUGUCCCUACGAAAGAAAGAUACAAGAGUAUAUAUUGAGGAGAAUCGGAGACGACUUGCAGAAUCAGAGGGCUUCGACGUUCAAAAAUUCGAGAGCGCAAGUGCGGUGCAUGGAAUUGAUGUCUGGGUGAUUGGAGAUGAGCAACCUGAAAGCUAUGACGCAAUAGUUACCGAUAAACCAGGAUACACGAUAGCAGCUCCUGGGGCUGAUUGCCAGACACUCUUGUUCUGUGACCCCGUAAAGAUGGUUGUUGGUGCAGCGCAUUCAGGCUGGAAAGGUACGAUCGAUAGAAUCCAGCAAAAUGUCGUGAGGGUAAUGAAGGAAAGGUUUGGCUGCAAACCAUCUGACAUUCUAGUAGCCAUUGGUCCGUCCAUUGGUGUUUGUUGCUACAAUGUGGACGAGAAUCGCGCAAAGGAAUUCAUAGAUGGAGUUGCUGAAAGUGUUGUGCAAAGAAGAGAAGGCAUACCUUACCUUGAUCUAUGGCAAGCAACAAAGAUUUUGCUUGCAGAAGUUGGCGUGAAACCAGAGAAUAUUGACGGUGGAAACAGAAACAAUGCUGAUGUGGAUGGGCUUGGUUCCCAGAAGGUGACCCAGUGCACGUCAUGUAACAAAGAUAAAUUCUUUUCGUACCGAAGAGAUGGAGUGCUGUUCGGAAAUCAAGUUGGAUAUAUUGGCAUCAAGAUGAGAAGUUAAAUAUUGACACCAGGCUGUAAUCAGUUUUUCAAUGCACACAAGGGAAGAAUUCCGCAAUUAAUCCCAAUGAUUCAAAAUAAAUCUCUAUAAAAGAUUUUAAACGAGUUGAUUUGCCCAUGAAAGACAAUAUAACAGGAUACCAAAGAGGCUUUGGGGACAAGGGGACUGACCUCCAGGAAAUAACUUGAUAGAUGCAAGCAAAGUUAAAGAAACGACUCAACCCUCCACUGGAAAAACCUCGACUACCCCUGCCCUCCAAUAAGCCCCCAGGGGCUGAGGUAUUACCUCAAUAGCAAUAGGUUUAUCCCAAUUUAUCUGUAUUUUUUGGUAUACUGUCCAGCCUCAAACAGAGGAAGAAAAUUUACCCGGUUAAUAUUUUUGCCUACUUCAAAAUAAGCCACUACUUCCAACAAAGCUCUCUCUUCGAAUCAGACUGUAAUUGCCUCCCUUUAAAUUUUUUCCUGUAUCUUUGAAUGUCUUAUGGAAAUAAUUAAUUGAGAAGAAAUUUAAUGUAAAAAAAUCAUCAAUAUUUUUUGUCUUUACCCUGAUGCUGUAUUAUAUUUCGUUUAUAAUUGUGUAAUGAAUGGAAAGCAAUACAAACACAGCCAUCCCCCUACCCUGGGUACCAGACUCAGUACCCAGGGUACCAUUCCCCAAAUUGGAAUUUCGUUCGGAUGACACUAAGAAGUCUUCCUAGUUUAUUCAGUAGUUGAGAGUUAAAGAAGAUUAUGCAAAAGAACCGUUUCGCUAUUUUGGCAGUUAUCAUUCUUUUUGGUUUUAGGAUGAGAUUUAUUUUGCUUAAAAUGAUGUC